UUGGGAGAAGUGUCUGCCUUCUGCUGGAAUCCUCAUUGCAUCUCCAUGAGAGGUAUUGUGUGUUGUUUUUCUUCCGAGUGAAAAAUAGCAGGUGAAUAGUGUGCCAGAGUGCGAUUCUUCCUCAUUAAUGUUCCCCACGGUGUCCAGUGCAUGGAAUUGUGUAUGCAUUUGGGGUGAAAUUGAGGUGUGAAAGUGGGAAAAGCGUGUAUUUUCCUCUGUUUUUGUGAGCGACAGAGAGAAUGGCAACAAAACAAAUGACAGUGUGAAAACUGAUCUCUCGACGCUGAUCCUCAAGGAAAUCUGACAUAAAGAGUUAAAAUCCGUGUUUUCCACUGCAUAAAGGUGACUAUUUCGUUGUUCGGGAAGGAUUCGCCAGUAUGUCGUCGACGUCGGGAAAGCGAAAAGAGAUCUACAAAUACGUCGCCCCAUGGCCUCUCUACUCCAUGAACUGGAGCGUGCGGCCGGACAAGCGCUUCCGGCUGGCGUUGGGCAGCUUCGUCGAGGAGUACAACAACAAAGUGCAAAUAAUCAGCCUUGACGAGGAUACGAGCGAAUUCACUGCUAAAAGUAUCUUCGACCAUCCCUACCCGACCACCAAGAUCAUGUGGAUCCCAGACUCGAAGGGCAUCUACCCAGAUCUGCUGGCCACGAGCGGAGACUACCUGCGCGUGUGGCGAGCCGGCGAACCCGACUCCAGGCUGGAGUGCGUGCUGAACAACAACAAGAACAGCGACUUCUGCGCCCCGCUCACGUCCUUCGACUGGAACGAGGUGGAUCCCAACCUCGUGGGCACCUCCUCCAUUGACACCACCUGCACAAUCUGGGGCCUGGAGACGGGGCAGCCCAUCGGACGCGUGAACAUGGUCACGGGGCACGUGAAGACGCAGCUGAUCGCCCACGACAAGGAGGUGUACGACAUCGCGUUCUCCCGAGCAGGAGGCGGCAGGGACAUGUUCGCGUCCGUGGGUGCCGACGGAUCGGUGAGGAUGUUCGAUCUUAGGCACCUGGAGCACUCCACCAUUAUUUAUGAGGAUCCGGCGCACACGCCCCUCCUGAGACUGGCCUGGAAUAAACAGGACCCCAACUACUUGGCCACAGUGGCGAUGGACUCGUGUGAAGUGAUAAUCCUGGAUGUUCGCGUUCCCUGCACGCCAGUCGCGCGGCUCAGCAAUCACCGAGCGUGUGUAAAUGGCAUCGCAUGGGCGCCCCACAGCUCCUGCCACAUUUGCACAGCUGGUGACGAUCACCAGGCACUGAUUUGGGACAUUCAGCAGAUGCCGCGCGCCAUCGAGGAUCCUAUUUUAGCAUACACGGCGGCCGAGGGCGAGGUGAAUCAAAUUCAAUGGGGCGCCACGCAGCCAGACUGGAUUGCAAUUUGUUACAACAAAGCCUGCGAAAUUCUUCGGGUCUAAACUCAGCAUCAAUCUUCAAUGUUGAUUGGAGAGAUGGUUUAUUUUAUCAUUAUCCCUAAGGAAAUUCAUGGAGACGAGUUAUGUUUAGUGCUAGGGAAAUUCAUAUUCACAAAAUUAAGAAAAGAAAAGAGACAGAAGCGGAGGAAGGGCAAUGGAAAGUGUGUGUGUGCAUGCAGAUGAGGAGAAGAGACGAAAGGACUCUCUCUCUGUGCUUUCUCUCACUAUUCUCUCUGCAUGUAUGUUUGGAGAGAAGGCUUUGACAAGUGAGAAUUUGUGUUCGACUUAUUUCUCCUAUUUUUACUGUUAAUUUCUCUUUAGUAGUGGAAAAUAAGAAUGGCACAAGAGAAAGAAGAAAAAGGGUGUUUGUGUUUUCAUUUAGAUAAGAGAUAUUAAGUGUGAGACUUGAAGUUUUACAGCAAGGAAAAGAAGAUGGUUAAAAAGUAUAGCCGAUGAAGAAACAGAAGACGGAAAAGAGCAGAUUUUGUACGAAUAAUAUUUCGAAAUACAUUUUAAUGUAUAAAUGAGAUGAGCAGUAUGUGCAGAAUAAUUUAUUCAAUAAGUUAUAAGAGGAAUUUUUCUAAGGCUUUCAUUCUCCACUAUAGAUUGACAAGGAAGGAUAAAAAAAAUUCUAAUAGAUUAAUAUAUGAUUUUUCCCAUAAUGAUGAAAAAUAUGGAUCAAUAGCCAGAUUAAUAGAGUUUUUAAAUUAGUAAGAAUCAUUCUAAAAUGGUCAAUAUUGUAAGGCGCAGUGUAAUUUAUUGUCAUUCUCCCCUAUUUAUUAAGCGACUCCUAAACUCUACUAUUUCUUUAUACCUUGUUUAUUUUUCGCAGAAACUACACGAUGAAAGACAGUAAGAUAUCGAUCGUUCAUUUAGCACAGAAAAAAAGCGACAAAAACUAGCAUGAAUCUUAGUUUUCAUAGAUAUCUUGCAAUCAUUUCUCCCAAUGCGAGUCUUAAUAUUAAAUUCUUAUCAUGCAGAUGCAAAACAUUAGAAUAUUAUUACAAAAUAAAGUGAGAGUAGAAUUUUUAAAAGCGAAAGUAUUUUUCAUU